AUGUCUUGUGAACAACUCUCCCAGCCUUCAGUUCCCGUCUGUGUCUGUCCGGGAAUCUUAGGCAUACGAUACCGUAUCGGAUGGAUGGAGCACCGCAAAAAGAUGUUGCCUGCAGCCCUUUCCAGCACUUACCCAGUCGGCUCGCCGCGUGUGAUAUCACGAAAGAUGGGGUGUGGCGGGAGCGCUGGCAUGCGAACGCUGUCGGUGGAGGGAAAGUCAAAAAUUGAGGAGCUUUUUGACAAGAUGGACAAAGACACGAGUGGAACGAUCACCAAGGAGGAGGCCCACAAGUUCUUCAGCAGUUUUGCGAAGGUGAAUGCCAAGGCCAUGUUUGAUGAAGUGGAUGACGACGGCAACGGGAGCAUCACCAAGGCGGAGUGGGUCGGCUUCUGGCAGCAGGUCAGGUCUGCUGGCUAUUCCAACGAGCAGAUCCUGGAGGAACUGGAGCUCAUGACGGACGGCGGCGAUUGGGUGAACUGGAAGGACGGCAAAGACGUUGCAGCCAUGUCCCGUGACAAGACCGACUUCGCCAAGUCACCUUCGAAAGCACCCGAGACCCCACAGGAACCCGAAGCCAAGGAGGAGACGAAAGCGGAGGAGCCUAAGACUGAGGAGGCUGCGGCGCCUGCAGAGGAGGCCAAAGUGGAGGAGCCCCAGGCGCCCCAGGAGUCCCAGGAGCCCGUGGCCGAGGAGCCGCCCAAGGCGGAGCCUCAGGCUGAGGCUGCCGAGCCUGCUGAGCCUGCCGAGCCCGCUGUGCCCGCGGCCGAAGCUGAGGCGCCAGGAGCCGAAGUAACCGAAGGAACCGAAGUCAAGGAGGCGGCCGCGGCGGCGCAGGAGCCAGAGGCAAAAGCUGAGGAGCCACAGUGA